UUGAUAAUAAACAAACCGCCUUGAGUCUAUCGUUUUCCAAUUUAAGUUUGUAUUCAAGUCAUGUAUUCUAGCUACAAGAUUUUGAAUCUUUCAUUGAGACCCAUUGGGAAUCCGGAUCAAUAUAAAUUUCCAGCCAUUGGGAAACCUAUCUUGUGCGGUGGCUUUAGACUGUCACCUGAGGGCUUCUUUGAAUUCGAACGGGAUAGCAAUCAUUUGAUCUUUAAGCAAAUAAUGAUGCCGCCAGCUUCAGGCUUACCCUUCCCACUUAGCGUCAACAGCAGAGACAAUUUACACAGAAUAGUCAAAUCAAUUAGUGGGAAAAUAUGUAAUAUGCUGUUCUUUAUUGAUCAUUCAAAGCAAUAUUGGCUUAAGGUUAAUGCAACAAGUGAUCGGGCGGAAGUUAAUGCCGAUGUGAUAUGUUCUCGCGAUAUCCUCCAGCUGUUCAUGUGUGCUCCCUACGAGUCGCAGAAUAACUGGACUGUUGCUGUUACAAGAUACAGGAAUACCAUUUACAUCAGUCAAGUGAAGAACACCAAGGCGGAUUCAUUUGAAAAAGAUGAAUUGAUACUAGAAAUGCAAGCCUCUUGGAUGAAAGAACUUGAAAAGCAAUGUUUAAAAGGCCCGCAGGAUGAAUGCCAUGGCGUUUUUGUGAUGGAUAUUUGUGGACAGAAGGUGGUUUUUAAUGCUCCCUUGAUUACUGAAACAAACACGUCUUGGGCGGAUCUAAGACUGCGGCUGGAUACAAUGAGCCGUUUGGAAUGGGCCGAUCAUAAGAGGUACGAACUCAUAGAAUGGUGGACUAAUUGUUUUUUGGUUGGCAUUGACAGUAUCUACGUUGGUCUUCGCGAUGAUGAUGCUAUUGUCCAUCGUAUACAAAAAAUGACAAUUAGAGAAUUGUAUAAGGGUCAAUCAUUUUGGGCGCCCUGUGUAUGUGCAACUGCCUUGUCAAAAAUUUUACAGGCAAUAAAGAACGUGACUACUGAACGCAAUUUGGAUUGCCCCAAUACUGUAAUCCUAUUCGAAUUUGACGCCAAUCAAGGACAGAUCAUUCACCGCACCUUGGAGAAACGGAGUUCUUAUACCUUUGUGGGCGAAUGGUAUCGCAAAAUGUUGAAUGAAUUUAUGGAUGAAAAACAAUUGUUUGUGCAAAAGUCGAAGAAUUAAAAGUAAACUUA